GCGGUGUGAGUGAGUGCAUGCAUGCUUAGCAAACCUGCAUAAAUAGGUGAAGUGUGAUGUUUUUGAGCUGGACUGUGCUGUUGUCUUGUGUAAUUUCCUCUCUAAGCAGAGAAAUCUCCGGGAUGCAUCUAAAAAUACCAUGGGCCCGAGAGGAAAGCGAGGAUGGGAAACCAUUUACAGAAGCAUAUAAGAAGAACACGGGUCUCCUUCCAAGGACAGCAGCCGCGGAGGGAAGCCUGCAGUCAGAAGUCACCCUGUGGCCUGGAGGAGAAGGAUUUCCCCUCAUUCUUUCAAGUAGUAUGUGUCACGGCGCCCUGCUGCCGCUGGCACGCCCCACGCUGGGCAGGACUCAGCCCUCCCCAGACCCGAAGCCCCUCCUCCCCUUCCACCUGCUGCCUGGAUUCACAGACAUGGAUCACGUCCAUAAAGCUCUGAUUGGCCCGGCCUUCGGGUCGCUGAAGAGGAAGUCCAGUUCCUGCGGAGUCUGUCGACUGAGGUUCAACUCUGAGGCACAGGCUUCUUCCCAUUAUAGUGGCACCAAACACACGAAAAGGCUGAAAGCGAUGGACGCCCCCGAUUUAAAGAUCGGGACCUCUGAACCGGUCGUCAAGGAAACCACAUCGCAAAUCCUCCCGUCACCCUUCUCACAGCCCUCCAGCUCCGACACAACAUCAGGAGAACCCUCACCGCCAAACCCUCCCUCACCACCGAGCAGCGGCCCCACUGAAACUGUGAACGCACCCUCCGACCCCUCCCUGUCACCAAGCCCGAGGACGCCAGAGAAAGAGAUACAAAGAGACGGGGAGGUGGAGGUGGCUCCAGAGGAGGAGACAGAGGAAGAGAAAGCUAUACGUCUUCUCUACUGCUCCCUCUGCAAGGUCCCUGUGAACUCCGCCUCCCAGCUGCAGGCCCACAACAGCGGCACUAAGCACAAGACAAUGCUGCAGGCAAGGAGUGGCAAUGGAGCCAUCAAGUCCUUCCCUAGGACGGGGGUCAAGGCCAAGUUGGUCGCACCGUUUGAGUCAUCAACCGGACUCCAGAACAAGACUUUCCACUGUGAGAUUUGCGAUGUGCACGUCAACUCCGAGACUCAGCUCAAACAGCACAUCAGCAGUAGGAGACACAAGGAUAGAGCAGCAGGUAAACCAGCCAAGCCUAAGUUCAGCCCUUACACUCCCACGCAGCAUCACCAGAGUUUCCAAGCAAUUCGUCUCGCUCUACGGAAGAACCAAGACCUGACCAAACCUCUGGCCUCCUGCCUCCUACAGCGUCAACUCUCCGUUGCCGCUGCCGCUGCCAUGGCAACGCUGCCCCCCUUCCCUCUCCGCCCUGCCUUGAACUCGAGCCCCGCCCUGUUUCAGAGUCAGCCCCUCCACCAGGCGCUGCUGCAUCCGGCCCCUGGACCCAUCUGUUCAACACACACGCCGGUGCUGUUUUCCCCCUACUGACCCCUGCGACAUCUCAAUCAGCUCUGAACUGCAGCUAAAAGCAGACCUGAGACCUGAGCAAGAUGUGAUGUAAGACAGCUCUUACUCUGCUCCACAGAUACUAUGGGUGUCAUUAUUUCCUGGGCCCAAAACCAUAAAAUACAUUGGGAUGGAGGAAGUACAAAGCAACGAAAAACAAGACUAUUUUUUGAUGUGAGCGUGUGUGUGUGAAUGUGUGUGCAGAUAUAGCCAUCAUAGAAGUCCAACUUUUUACAACAUGUUUGCUGCACUACUGCUUCAUUCCUCCAGUAAUAAACACGUUUUAUAGAUGCUCAUAAUCUAUAUGACAAUCAAGAAAAUCCUUAUUAAAAUGCACAGUUUAAUUAAGAUGCAUUAUGUUGAACUUCCAUGAUGACUAUAAUUGAGUGUGUGUUUAUGUGUGUGUGCAGAUAUGCAUAUAAGUAUGAAUGCCAAUCAGAGCAUGCUUGACUGAAGAUGUUUAUUAUUUUCCAAUAAACCAUAGCUGUGGAUACUCA